UCUGUGCCGCACUGGCUGCUGCUCGGCGCGUUCGCCGUCCUGAAUGUAAAGUGUGUCCUCUGCUCUAAAGCACUGAUGUCUUCAGUCUCGCUGCUCUCUCAUCCUGACCUCACGGAGACGAUCUGAGCAGUGAUGCAGAGGCUACAGUGCGCCUGUCAGGAGCAUUGCGCGUGCAGACAUGUAAACCAAGGUUAAUGUUUGGCUGCUGUAAUGCUCACACAUCUCUAAUGUUGACUCCAUCGCAAGAGGGAGACAGUCGCCUUGGUAACAGCAGGAUCCGUCCAGCUUCAGCACCAGCGGCAGAGCAUCCAUCAGUCCUCCACUGAUCCUCACUACUGCAACAUAUCAGUAGUCGCCUGUAAAUGUCACGCAUUUAUAUAGUUUUAAUUAAAUGAAUCCUAAAAUGUGAUCUAGUGAGACUCUGUAGGCCUUCAGCUCCAGAUGUUCCUCGCGCAUCUGGAGGAAUAACAUCCGCAUCGUUCUGAAAUUCUUCGAGGAAUCCUGAAGAACUGAGAGGCCAAAUUAAAGCGUGAUCGAGAUCGUCCUGCAGCAACAAGCGUCCACGCAGACAGACAGACAGACAGACAGACAGACAGACAGACAGACAGAACCUCCAUCUGCUGGAACCCGACACCGAGCAGAAAGACGGAAUAUAAUCAGAUGCUCGCUUUCCUCCGGCGUGCGUCCAUCAACCGUUCCUUGGAGCAGCGCUCGUCCGUUCGGUGUUCAUCCGUCGUGAUUUUUUUUUUCUUUUUUUCACUUUUGCAUGUGGUUGAUGGCGCGGGUGGGCUGCGGAUCGGGCACCGGGUGUGAUGUGACCGGUUCGGCGGACGGGAGAACCGCAGGGCUGCUGUGGAGCGUCGCUUCUUCUGACCGGAUUCGCGUCGCGUGAUGCUCGCUCGUGCUUUUCCUCAUUCAUUUGACGGAAUAAAGGCCACCUAUGGAAACUGGAGACCAGAAUUUUAGGAAAAAGGCAAGCGAGUGAUUAUAUGUUUCUUUCUUUUAAUGAUUUAUUUAUUUUUGAUCGCCAGGAUGGAUUGAUUUAAUUGACGCAUCGCAGCCCUGAAUGAUUUCAACUGUUUUUGAUUCAAACGGAUCGGUUUUAAUUAGAUUGAUGGAUGUGCGCGCGGGUUCCGAAACGUGAAGGAUUCACAUCUUCACCAGGAGCCUUCAUCUGAAGGCUGAGUCUCUCUCAGUCGGAUCGGAUCGAGAACAGGCCAGAUUGGGUGAAGAUGAGUUUAUCUUUUGCCAGAAUGCUCCGUUUCGCAUUUAAUAUUUGGAGUGUCACUCAAGUUCAUCAUAAUCAGACUAAUGAGCUGCACUAGUAUGUAGGUGUGUAGGAAGAAGCGGCCUGCCGUUUGUCUUACUUCUCCUUCAAUUCACAAACCCUCAAGGGCCCUCGGUCUCUCGGGGCCCCCCUUUUUUCUUAUUUUGUCCUCUUAAAUCCACAAAUAUUUAUUUCCUAUACAUCAAGAGGAAAGGGGGCUCCCCUUUCGUCGAAUGCAGCAACAUGGGCGUGUUUGAGCGCGGCGUCCAGAUGCUCCUGACCACGGUGGGCGCUUUCGCCGCCUUCAGUCUGAUGACCAUCGCCGUGGGAACGGACUACUGGCUGUACUCGCGCGGGGUCUGCAAAAUAAAGACUAGUAACGAGAACGAGACCGGCAAGAAGAACGAGGAGGUGAUGACCCACUCUGGUCUGUGGAGGACCUGCUGUCUGGAAGGUAAUUUUAAAGGCAUGUGUAAACACAUCGAUCACUUUCCUGAAGACGCCGACUAUCAAGCCGAUGCAUCAGAGUAUUUCCUGCGUGCGGUUCGGGCCUCCAGUGUUUUCCCCAUCCUCAGUGUCAUCCUGCUGUUCAUGGGUGGCCUCUGUGUCGCCGCCAGCGAGUUCUACAAGUCUCGACACAACAUCAUCCUCAGCGCAGGAAUCUUCUUCGUAUCCGCAGGUCUGAGUAACAUCAUCGGGAUAAUCGUGUACAUAUCAGCCAACGCGGGCGACCCGUCCAAGAGCGACUCGAAGAAGAACAGCUACUCGUACGGCUGGAGCUUUUACUUCAGCGCGCUGUCCUUCAUCAUGGCGGAGAUGGUGGGCGUUCUGGCCGUUCACAUGUUCACACGCGCGCCUCGCGCUGUACGUGUGGCUCGCGCUCGGACCGGCGGAGGAGGAGACUAUCUGCAGGGAUCCGCCAUCAGCAGAAUCCCCAGCUACCGCUUCCGUUACCGGCGCCGCUCGUGCUCCUCCAGCCGCUCCACCGAGCCCUCGCACUCGCGCGACGCUUCUCCCGUGGGACUGAAGGCCUUCGGAGCGCUGCCCUCCACCGAUAUCUCCAUGUACACCCUCGGCCGCGGCGGAGACACGCUGAAGACUCCACAUGGGACGCCACCGAUGUACGACUCCGAGAGAGAGCCGGACUUCCUGCAGGUGCACAACUGCAUCCAGAAAGACUCGAAGGACGCCAACCGGCGCACCACACCUGUAUGAGACACAGCGCCCCCUGCAGGUGAGGAGGAGAAUCACGCCACCCACAGACAGACUGAUUUCUAACACUAAUGAUGAUGAGUUUACAUGUUGAAGUCCAAAAAAGUAAAGUGAAAUGCAUGAUUUUCUUAUCUUCCAUAAACUAACAAGUUUUCAACUACGUGAUGAAUCGGAGCUGAUGACGACGGCGUUUGGACUGAAAGCUCUUGAAAUCUCUUUUCUUCAUGUUCAUUUCAUUUUGUUGCACAUAAAUACUGUGAACCUCCGUGGCUGCUGUGAACCCAGGGAAAACAAUCCCACAAACCGGCCGCGAUUUAUAUGUCAUUAUAAACGUAUUAAUGAUACAUGACUAUAUAUACACUGCCGGUCAAAAGUUUGCGAUCAGAAUGAUUUUUAAUGUUUUUUACAGGAGUUUCUUCUGCUCAUCAAGGCUGCAUUUAUUUGAACAUUGAUAAUUCUAAUAAGAAAUCAGCAUAUAAGAAGGAUCUCUGAUUUCUGAAGAUCA